CGCCGUCACAAUCGAGUCGUAGAGGCGCUGCUCGGGACAGGCGCCCGGCGGAGGAGGUUGCACCAACGACUUUCCCCUAAUCGUGCCCGCUGCAGCCGGCCUUCUUUUUUUCCUCGUCUGACUCGACGGGGGCGCUGUGCAAGGUCGUUCCUGACGGAGUCCGUCCAGCCAAGGAACAGCCAUGAACGGGCCCGUGGUGCUCGGUCUGAUCCUGAAGACACUGUUCUCCUCCUUGGCGUAUGACGUCGAACGUCCCACCAAGACGGGCCCCGUGGGCGGCCGCUGGAUACAGGUGCUGGGAACCAUGAUCGAGGAGUACCGGGGCAUUCCGUACGCGCAGCCACCCGUGGGAGAGCUGCGCUUCAAGCCGCCAGUGCCCGCUGAGGCCUGGGAUGGCACUCUGAACGCGAGCAGUCGUCGCACGGGCUGCCCGCAGGUGCGUGCGCCGGAAGGCCUGUUGGGCGGCGACAUCGAGUACGGUGAGGACUGCCUGCACCUGAACGUGUGGACCGCGGAGGGGAACCGCAAGCGCCCCGUGCUGGUGUGGAUCCAUGGCGGAGGAUUCAACUAUGGGUCAGGCCGCGUACGACAACUACACGGGCGCGGCGAUCGCCGCCAAAACGGGACUGGUGGUGGUCUCGCUAAACUACCGCCUUGGGCUACUGGGAUUCCUCAAUGCCGACACACCCGAGGCGCCGGGCAAUGUGGGAUUUCUCGACCAGAACCUUGCUCUCAGGUGGAUCAAGAAGAACAUCCGUAGCUUCGGCGGAGACCCGUCACGCGUCACCCUGAUGGGCGAGAGUGCAGGCGCGAUGAGCGUUCAUGCGCACAUUCUGUCACCGAUGAGCCGCGGCCUGUUCCACAGGGCCAUCACCAUGAGCGGCGCCAUGGGCACGCCUGACUUCAGCGACCCGGUUCACCGAAGCGUCUCCAAAGGCAACGAUGUAGCCGCCAUCGUCGGCUGCCGCUCAGCUGACGUCACUCUCUACUCGGAGCCGGACUCGGUCAUUCACUGCCUGAGAAACAAGUCUGCCGACGAGUUGGUGGUGGCAUCGUCCGAGGCGGUUCCGCACAAGCUGUUCCCGUUCGUGCCCACCUACCACGACCAGUUCCUGCCCAAGGUCCCCGCUGUGGCUGUGCGCAAGGGAUUUUUCAACGCCCGCGUGGACCUCCUCACCAGCGUGACCUCUGACGAGGGCUUAACGUCUCUCGUCUGGCCACGGCCUUGGCCGGAACUGUUGUCAGAGAAGCUCGACGACAUGGACCUUGACACACUCAAGAGCUCUAUGACUCAGCUGAUAACCUCCUGGCUGAGCGACGAUGCAGCCGAUCUGCUGGACCAAUACGCUGACCGUUCGACGGACCUGGCUGGACUGCGACGCCAGCUGUUGGACUACCUGAGCGAGCGGCUAUUCAUCUGCCCCAUGCAUGCGGCUGCAGCAGCUCACGCUUCGCGAGGCGGCGCUGUCUACUCGUACGUGUUCGACCAGUGGUCCUCCUCGCAUCCCUCAUUCAGCUGGGCUGGGGUCGGCCAUGGCAUGGACCUGGUUUACACGUUUGGUCUGCCUCUCCUCCACAUGGAGCACUUUUCUGACAGGGACCGGAAGGCGUCCGAGAACUUGAUCUCCAUGAUCGCCACUUUUGUCGAGAAAGGGGUACCAGAGUAUCCAGGAAGCACUUCGUGGCCAAAGUACUCAUCUGAAACACCAGCAUCGUUUAUUCUGACGCACAAGCAACGCCACUGAAGUAUCCAGCUUCAAGUCCGAAAACUGUGUCCUCUUCACUCAGUACUUCUGAAGUUAGCAUGCCACACCACAUCUACAUUUAUUGUACAAAGCGUUCUACUCAGCCGGGCCUGACGGGACGAGUAAGUAGUCUCAGCGAAUUGCAAGAACGAUAAGCUGGCCCGAGACAUUAUGUGUCAGUCUCGAGGUUUCAGCCAGAGAUACCCGCCAGUCGGAAACAAUAAAAAUACGGUAAAAUGGUGUAAACAUA